AUGAAGGUGCUCAUCACAGGGGCGUCCGGCUUGCUCGGUAGAGCCGUUCACCAGCAAUGCAUCGAGAAGGGCUACGACACAAAGGCACUCGCAUUCACCCGCUCGGAUCCGUCGAAACAGCUCGUAAAGCUCGACCUCACCGAUGCUGCUGCGGUAGAAUCGUGCCUGCAAGACUUCAAACCCGAUGUCAUUAUCCACACAGCAGCCGAGCGUCGCCCAGAUGUCGUCGAAAAGGACCCGGCAGCUUCUCACGCUAUCAACGUCGAUGCCCCCGCUACCAUCGCCACCCUUGCUUCCAAACUCAACAAAGUGCCGCUGCUCGUCAACAUCUCGACCGACUAUGUUUUUGACGGCUCCAAACCACCUUACACCGUCGACGAUGCGCCCAAUCCCCUCAAUGCCUACGGCGUGAGCAAGCUCCAGGGCGAGCGAGCUGUCGCCGAGCACGCCAGCUCUGGGCAUUUCACAAAUCUCCGAGUUCCUGUGCUCUACGGAAAGACCAUCACCAACGACGAGUCGGCAGUCAACGUACUGCUCAACGCCAUCCAGCCUCCACCCAACUCCACUGACCUGAAAAAGUGCGACGCCUAUGCAGUGCGAUACCCCACCAACGUCGGCGAUGUCGCCAAAGCCAUCAUCAAACUCGCCGAGGUUCACGCAGAGACAUCAGACCCGGUUCCGCCGACAACGCAUUUCAGUGCAAAAGAAGCAAUGACCAAAUACGACAUGUGCAUGGUCCUCAGCCGUAUCGCCAACUCGGUCGGUUUUGAAACACGCACCGACCUCCUCGACCCAGAAUACGAAGUCGAUCCGAUGGCCGCUACAGCAAGACCUAGGCAUUGCAAGCUCGACACAUCUGUACUGGAGGCGUACGGCGUACCUGUCGAGUACACUUCUUUUGAGGAUUGGUGGAGACCGUACCUCGCAGAGCUGUACAAGGCCAAGUUGGAAGAGGUCGCGAGAUUGGAAGCUGAAGCACAAGCAAAGCGGGAAAAGGAGGAAGAUGAACGCAAGAAAAGAGAAGCGGAAGAGGAAGCUGAACGUCAACGAAAGCUCGAAGAGAAGAAGCGCCUCGCUGCAGAACAGGCACAAGCUCGUGCGGAGGCAGAGCGCGAAGCCGAGGAACAAGCACAAAAGGAGAAAGAAGCAGCAGAAGCAGCAGAAGUCGAAGCGGCUAAGGGGGCGGAAGCAGCAACAGAGUCCGUAGCCUCAACGUCAGGCGAAGCAGCCAACGGCACCGACAAUGCUCCAGGUUCACCUCAUCCUUCCUUCAAUUCGCUUCAGGCGCGACCCACACCUCCCGCCACGUCUGCACUUCCAUCGCCUACCAGCUCACAUCCGCCCUCCUCGAUCAAAAGUGGUCGUGGAUCGGACACACCGCCUCCACCAACCAGCAAAGACGGUCCUUCCACCAUGCCAUCUGCAGUCGAGAUUCUCGCCACGGAUGCAACACCCACCGGAUCCGUCAUCGACGAAAGCCCGCUCAACCUCGCAGCAGCGCGCGAGAGGCAAUGUCUAGGCUCGACUCUGCCACAGCGAUCGCUGAGUGCCAGCAGCGCCGCUCGCCUUACAUCUUUGACCGACGAAAGCACCAUGUUCGGCGGAGCUUCGCGCAAGUCGAGCCUUUCUGGCCCACCUUAUCUGGACACGACGAGUACUGUGCGUCAGGGCAGAGACGAUUCGGACGAUGAUGGGUACGGUCAACCUUCGCCUCGUGUGAACCAGGCGGCGUUUACACAGCGAGCAGAGCCGGGAUCUCCAACUCCCGUUGGACGUAGUCAUGCGGAUGGCAGCGCCACUCUGAGCGGUCCGGUGGGAUGCUCCGUUGCAUCUCUCGGCUCGUCGGCUGCUUCCGGUCCUUCCGCAGACAACGAUCGCAACGCCAACUACACCGGCUCCUCCACAGCCUCUCCCGCAUCUGCCGCCCAGCCCACGCACUACCACCGUCCGUCCUUCGACGCCAUCCACGACGCCCAGUCUCGCGCCUUGCACUCCCGCUCGCACCGUCCAUCCUUCACGUUCAAUAUCAAAGUCGGCGACCCGCAACGUAUCGGCGACCCCAUGACCGCUCACAUCGUCUACACCGUCCGCACCACCACCGACAACCCCUCCUUCCGCUCCUCCCACUUCUCCGCCCUCCGCCGAUACCGAGAUUUCCGAUGGCUUCACGCCGCGCUCGUCCAGAACAACCCGGGAAUUAUCGUGCCCCCCGUACCCGAAAAGGUGUCCAUCGGUCGCUUCGCUGCGGAACUCGUCGAGGCGAGGAGGAUAGGCCUCGAGACGUGCAUCAACAAGAUCGCGAGCCAUGCGCUGUUGCAGCAGGAUGAGGAUCUGAGGUUGUUCCUCGAGUCGGAGAACUUUGCGGCCGAUGUCAAGGCGAGGGAUGCGGUGAAGGGUGCGAUAGUUACACCCGAGCAGAAGACGUACAAGAGCUGGGGCAGUGCGCUGUUGGGGAGCAUGGUUCCGAGCACUUCGUCGCUGUCGUCGGGUGCGUUGAGCGCGAGUAGGUUCGAGGAGACGGACGAGUGGUUUAACGAGCAAAAGGUGUACCUGGAUUCGUUGGAGAGCGCCUUGAAGGGCAUGGUCAGGAGUGUCUCUCAGCUGAGCAGUCAGAGGAAGCAGGUGGUGGCGGCGAUGCACGAUCUCGGCCAGGUGUUGACAACCCUGUCGGGAAGCAGCCUUUCCAGGUCGCUGAGUACCUGUUUCGCCGGGCUAGCGGAGGUGAAGAGACGUGCGAUGGAGUUAGAAGAUCUUCAAGCCGAAGCCGACGUCCGACAGCUCGGCACCACCAUGUACGAGUACGAACGCGUCGUCGGCAGCGUCCGCAAAGCGUUCACCGUCCGAACCGAGAUCUGGGCCAAAUCCGCCCGAUGCCAGGACGAACUCCGAAGGACCCGAGCCAGGUUCGAUAAGUACAAGGCGACCAACCCGAGCGCCGCGGGUGCACAAUUUCAGAGCCUACUGGCCGAGCUCACGGAGGCAGAGACGAGGGCGUUGGACGCAGAGAGGCUGUUCGGAACAGUUUCAGAGAGAUGUAAGGAUGAAAUGGAGAGGCUUGAUCUGGAGAGGGUGUUGGAUUUCAAGAGGGUGGUGGGUGGGUGGGUGGAGGGGAUGAUCGAGAGGCAGGAGGAGGUGGUGGAGGAGUGGGUGAACUACGCGGGGUUACUGGGCAGGCAAAUGGGGAUGAAAAUUUUGAUCGGGGAGGAGGGAGAGGAGGAGGAGGAGCAGAGGGAUGGAGGAGGAGGAGGCGAGCAGAAGCAGCAGCAGCAGGCUCCAGUGGGAUCGGAGAUGCAAGGCUCAGACGUCGCGGAAACGGACUCGGCGGCAGCAGCUGGAGGACCUGUUCCUGCCGACGUGAACAAGCAGCCAGUCAUCGAAGAGGACGUUCAGCAGCCAAGUGGCUCUCAAGGAGCUACACCAGAGGCUUCCGCCAAUGCAACGGACAGAGCUGCUUCGACCGACGAGACGAAUGGUGCUGCUGCUGCAGAGCAAGCUACUCAAGUGGCCAAUACCGACCCCGUUCAGACCGGAAGCACCUCGGCAGAUGCGUCUUCUGACGCGGUCCGGCAGACAACCGACGCAAACGCGACAGCAGCCAACCCAUCUACCGACGAAGACGCUCAACCAGAGCCCUCUCUUCCCAUCGCUGAGGCAGAUCAGGUCAAAGACGACGUUGUCAACGAAGCGACCACAAGCGCCGAAGCAAAAGAAGCGGCUGACACAGCUCCGUCAUCGGACGCUGCCGACGCCUCUCCCGAAGUCCAAUCGAAAGACGCCCAAGAAGAAACCUCAUGA